GUUAAUGGUUUACUCUGACGAGGAUUCACUGAAAGAAAGCAAUUUCAUCUAGCCGGUAUCGUGGUAAAUUCGCCACAAAAAAGUCAAGCAUCCUCACAAGCCACACCUCCUCGAGUUAGCAAAAGCUAUCGAAACGAUUACACGUACAAUAAAAAAACUGAUGCAUUCUACAAACUACACAUCGAGUCUGCUGAUCAGCAGAGAGCGGUCGAUGUUUGCCGGGAGGAAGGCGCCGCUCUGAUGGUACCCGAUUCACAUAUGGACAUAAUCCAGUUUCACGAGAUGUAUAAACAGUUUCCGGACCUUGGGGACUACGUGUGGGUCGGAAACGAUAAAAUACGACACGAAUCUGCUGAGGAAGAAGCUAUAUUUGUUUACGAAGAAGAAACUACGCGUGUGCCAGCGCCAUGGAACCGUGAAUGCAACGUUGCAACUCGACAUGGCGAAAUAGAGACAUACGUAUGCGCCAACAGGUUGCCGUUCGUAUGUAAAGUGGACGCGAACCAAGCACCUUAUGAUAGCGCUUGUGGUGUAUAUGCCAAUGGUUAUGAAUAUGUCGCAAAUAUUGGAAGCUGUUACAAGAUCCCACGAUUGGCCUACGCAUGGAACGAGGCUUACGCAGAAUGUCGAUCUCAAGGUGCCCACCUUGUGGUCCUCAACUCUCAGGCGGAACACGACGCGGUGAUGGAGGUGAUGAGGAAGACACGACUACUGCCAGAUUCUUAUAUGCCAUAUUAUUUUAUUGCUGGCUACAGGGCGACAGUACCCACUGAUGGGUCGCCGAGAGUGUUUAAGACAAUCUUUAACGUAUUUCUUUCAGAUCAAACUAUUACAGAAGCUGGUUACUCUAAAUGGGCGGAUACAGAACCGAACAAUGUUAAUGGAAAUGAAAACUGCGGCUCGUUAUUUGAAAAUGAUGGCAAUCUGAACGAUCAGGACUGCGCCAAACGAUACGGAUUUAUAUGUGAAAAGGAGAAAGACUCGUGAUUUUAACAUCAACACACGUUCUUAAAAUCGGUGGAGA